AUGACUAUAAACUGGAUAAUUCCUGCAGCCAAUCUGCUGUUGGAAGAUUCGGUUGAGGCAUUAAAUGUUCAAGGCUUACGCUCGGCUUCUACCAACGAACCGACCAUUGUUGUGUUUGUUGGCAUGCUGGUCAGUCUAUUUUCAUGUGAAUUAGUGUACUUGCCCAAAGAAAUGCAGUUUGUCUGCAUGGCAAGGACAUGUAGAACUUGCAAAAAUAUAAACGGUAUAUUUUUUAAAUGGUUCAAUGUCACAGGGUAUGCUAGCAGACAAGUAUACAUCAACUGCGGCAAGACUUUGAUGACGCGGAACCGUCAACAUGUUUGUCUGACCUCCUCGGCGAAGUCCGCUCCAUGA